UGGGGCCGCCUCAGUCUACACUUAUACGGGCUAGGGGGGCUGCGGCCAGCACCUGGGGCCACCCCAAGAGACCUCUGCUGCCUACUGCAGGUGGAUGGGGUGGCCCGGGCCCGGACGGGGCCGCUGAGGGGGGGUCCGGACUUCCUGCGGCUGGACCACACCUUCCACCUGGAACUUGAGGCUGCCCGGCUGCUGCGGGCCCUCGUGCUGGCAUGGGACCCUGGUGUGCGGCGUCACCGGCCCUGCGCCCAGGGCACUGUGCUGCUACCCACAGUCUUCCGAGGGUGCCAGGCCCAGCAACUGGCCGUGCGCCUGGAGCCCCAGGGGUUGCUGUAUGCCAAGCUGACCCUGUCAGAGCAGCAGGAAGCACCAGGCACAGCUGAGCCCCGCGUCUUUGGGCUGCCCUUGCCACUGCUGGUGGAGCGGGAAAAGCCCCCUGGCCAGGUGCCCCUCAUCAUCCAGAAGUGUGUUGGGCAGAUCGAGCGCCGAGGGCUGCGGGUGGUGGGGCUCUAUCGUCUGUGUGGCUCGGCAGCUGUGAAGAAAGAACUUCGGGAUGCCUUUGAGCGGGACAGUGCAGCCGUAUGCCUCUCUGAGGACCUGUAUCCCGAUAUCAAUGUCAUCACUGGCAUCCUCAAAGAUUACCUUCGGGAGUUGCCCACCCCACUCAUCACCCAGCCGCUCUAUCAGGUGGUGCUGGAAGCCAUGGCCCGAGGACCCCCAAGCAGGGCACCCUCCAGCACAGAGGGCACCCGUGGGCUCCUCAACUGCCUGCCGGAUGUGGAGAGGGCCACGCUGACGCUUCUCCUGGACCACCUGCGCCUUGUCUCCUCCUUCCACGCCCACAACCGCAUGACCCCGCAGAACCUGGCCGUGUGCUUCGGUCCCGUGCUGCUGCCGCCGCGCCAGUCACCCGCCAGGCCCCGCAUCCGCAGCUCUGGCCCUGGCCUCACCAACGCAGUAGACUUCAAGCGCCACAUCGAGGUGCUGCACUACCUGCUGCAGGCCUGGCCAGAUCCUCGUAGGCCGCCGGAGCCUGCGGACAUCGCCCCGUACCUGCGGCCCAAACGGCAGCCGUCGCUGCACUUGCCACUCGCUGGCCCCGAAGUGGUGACUCGGCCCCGCGGCCGGGGCGGCCCCGAAAGCCCCCCGAGUAACCGCUACGCGGGUGACUGGAGCGUUUGCGGGCGGGACUUCCUGCCAUGCGGGCGGGACUUUUUGUCUGGGCCAGACUAUGAGCACGUGACGGGCAGCUGCAGCGAGGACGAGGACGAGGACGCGAGCGAGCCGGCGGGCACCGCUGACUUCGAAGAUGACUUCGAGGCGCCCUUCAACCCGCACCUGAACCUCAAAGACUUCGAUGCCCUCAUCCUGGACCUGGAGAGGGAGCUCUCCAAGCAGAUAAACGUGUGCCUCUGAGCCGGGCCAGGCGGGACCCCGGUCACCGGGGCCCAGGCUCCUGGCUUCUGGCUGCAGUGCCCCAGCCACGGAAGGGACCAGACCGGCCACCCAGGCCCAGGGUCUGGUUGCUGGGGAGCUGCCGAGUGACCAACCAGCCCGUUGCUGAGAAUCAUUCCUCGUUUCCAGUUUCCAGUGCUCAGCGUUGGGGCAUUGGUUACACAGGCUGGGGCUGGGGAUUUUCGGGACCAGCCGUUAGGGCCAUCUUUUCUGAGUACCAAGGGCUACUCCCCUUGCUGCCAAAGGCACUUCUGCUUGCUGGGCUGGCCUCUCUUGCCUCCCCUUAGCCAGGGAAACACCAGUUACUGUGAGCAUCACCCCAGGAUGGUGACACACUCCCUACCCCCCACCAUGCCUUCCCCUCCCCCUGUCAAUCCUCUUGCUGCUGCCAACCAUUUCAGUAUUAGCUUUAAGCACUGCACUCUGCUUCUCCCCUCCCUGGAGGGCCCAAGGACUAUAUGGCGAGGUGCUAUUUGGGGCCGGGUGGGGGAAAGUCCCUAUCCUGGGCUCUGGCUGGGGGCUUUUAAAAAAGUAGCUGGUUUCCCCACCCUCUCUUCCAGGGAGAGCCCCAUGAUUGCCGCAAACCAGGAAAUGGAAAGAGCAGAGGCUGGCCCUUCCCCUCCCCCAUUCUUCCUCCACAUCCCUGAAGAAACUGAGCACUUACAAGACCUCCCUGUGGAGGGGCCCCGCCUGAAAUGUCAGGCUGGGGGCACUUUGGUACGGAACAUAUUUAUUGCCUCCGUGCAUGUGUGUGUGUGAGGACUAGUGUGCGUGGGUGGACACGUCUGGAGUAGCCCUAUGGGGCUCUUUCAGGAACCUCUGAGAGGGAAAGAGUUCACAGUGGCCAGACACCCUAAAAUCCCCAGCAAUGGAGCCUUAGUGGGCCCCCAAGUUCCAAUGGGAGAGUAGGGUCCCCUCUUGCCUCCCCCCACCUUUCCUCCUUCCAUCUUUGUGGACAAAUAAAUCAAUAUGCACAAGUUC